AUGGCAUCGACUGAUUCGACUCCAUUGAGUUCCACUCCACAAGGGUCACGACCCGCAACUGACAGUAAUGCAGCAACUGCAGCUGCUGUUAAUGAAGAAGAUAUAGAAGCAACUGAUGUUAACCCUUUUGCAAGGAAAAAGAGGGUGAAGACAUCUGUAGUGUGGAAGGAUUUUACAGAAAUUAAUGUUUCUAGUGGACCGAAGGAUGAAUGCAUCCAUUGCAAAAGGAGGCUUGCCAUAACAAGCACCGGGAGCAUUACUCACCUCUCAAGGCACUUGAAGACUUGUGUACGGCGACAGCUCUUUGAAAAGCAACAACAAAGGUUUUUUGAAGCAAAAAAUCUGGCUGAUGCAGGUAAUGUUAUCCUUGUUCUUACUGGAGGUAAAUUUGACAUGGCAAAAAUACGGGAAUUAGUGGUCACUUGGGUGCUGAUGCAUGAGCAUCCUUUUACCAUUGUGGAGGAAGAAGGAUUUAAUAACAUGCAGAGGUAUGUGAUCCCUGAGUGGGAAAAGAUUAGUUGUAUGAUGUGUAAAAAUGAUGCUGUUACUUUGUUUGAAAGGAAGAAGAUAAAGCUGAAGAAUUUGUUGAAGGAUGUUGAUAAAAUAAGCUUAACAAACGAUUUAUGGAAGUCAAGUAAUCAGAGGAUUGAGUACAUGGUAUUGAUAGGGCAUUUCGUAGAUGGUAAUUGGAGGUUGCAGAAACGGAUUCUAAACUUCUUGUACAUAGCUCCUCCAUGCACUGGUUCCCAAAUUGCAGAUUUAAUUUAUAAGUGUCUGAAGGAAUGGGGCUUAGAGAACAAGAUGUACAAGAUAUCAGUGGAUAAUGCAUCAAGUAAUGACGCAACAAUCCGGAUUUUAAAGGAGAAUUUGGCAACUGACAAUAGGCUGCUUUGUGGAGGGAGAUUAUUCCACGUUAGGUGUUGCGCACACAUCUUAAACCUUAUUGUUCGAGAUGGGCUGUCCCAAAUAAGGUCCAUUAUUGAUGAUGUUCAUGAUAGUGUGGCCUAUGUGAAACAAACAAAGAGCAGACUUAUUGUUUUUUUAGAGAUAGUGCAAAUGUUGCAUUUGCCCAACCGGAAGUUGAUCCUAGACUACAAGACAAGAUGGAAUUCCACUUUUGAGAUGUUCUCAAUUGCAAUGAAGUUUAAAAAUGUCAUUGAAAGGUAUAAAGAGAAAGACCCACAUUAUAAUUGUUGUCCCAGUGUAGAGGAAUGGGUAAAGGUGGAGCAAGUUUGUGAAGUGUUGGGUGUGUUUAGUACCAUUGCUAAUGUAAUUUCUGGAAGUGAAUACCCAACUGCAAAUAUAUAUCUCAGUGAGAUUUUUCGGGUUAAGGUUAUGCUAGAUUAG